UGGUGCAUAUGGUGCAUUUCUUCUCCAGGGGCGAAACCCUGAGAUGGAGGAAUGUAACUGGGAAACUCAGCCUAAUCCCUCCUGCCGGGAAGUGCACCCCUGAUUACCCCACAGGAUUGGCCGCUAUCUGCCUCUCCUCCUCCGGCGGGGCUUCGCACCCGAUCGCUCAUUUCUCCCGUCUCCCUUUCCUUAGCGUCGCUACUUCCAUAAGGAUAUAUUGCCUCGUUUAGGCAAAAAAGUCCUUCAGCUUAUGUGAACUAGAUCUAGAUCUGGCACACUGGAGAGCUCAGUCAUUAAGUCAUUAAGAAGCAGAACGGGAAAGAAAAACAGCUGGAAAUGUCAUUGAAGGCUCAGAGAAGGCUGUGAGUCCAGUUCAUGUCCAGUCCCGGACCAGGAGGUUGGAAGGACCAGACAACCGAAAGGAAAUACCAGGGUGAGGGGUGAGCUCAAAGCGAGUGCCAGCAGAGCAGAGGUGGCAGACGUGCAGAUGGAUGGCAGGACCGUGGCACUGCCACCUCGGAUCCUUUUCCACUGCUGUGGAACAGCAGGCUCAGGCCUGGAGAAGUUCCUACUCCACCUAAUCUUAACCAUCGGCAAUUUUUAGAAAUUAGACCUUCUCUUCUAGAAACUAAAAAGAGAAGAGGCAGUCCAGCAGAUCUUAUUCAUGAAAAAUUCCCCAAACCCUUCUAGUCAGUGGGAGUUUCACACCAAGAAAGGCCACAAGAUGAGUGACCCUUGUGCUGGAUCCAGUCAGCAUGAUAAGAAAACUACUUGACUGAAAAACAGAAGGGGCAAGACUCAAGCAUGGGGAGGAAGAGGUCUGCUUCUGGACCAGGAGACUGCUGUGAAGAGGGGAACUCACACACAGCUCAGGCUUCAGGAAAUGCACAAUGGCUUCGUUCCCUGUCUUGGAGCAAGAGACGUUGUUCCGGAACGGUACCUGGAGCUAUCGCAUUCCAGCCCUGCUCUACCUGCCCCGGUUCAGCAUGAUCCUGGCGUUUGCUGAGGAGCGGGAGGACGUGGUGGAUGAACACGCCAAGCUCAUAGCGAUGCGCAGGGGCGUGUACGACCCCAGCACGCACCACGUCCAGUGGAAUAACAUGGAGACCAUUGUCACUGCACAGCUGAAAGACCACCGAUCCAUGAACCCCUGCCCGGUUUACGAUGAGGUCUCAGGGAAACUGAUCCUGUUCUUCAUAGCUGUCCCGGGAAAGAUCUCUGAGCAGCAUCAGCUCAGGACAAAGAUUAACCUGGUACGCCUCUGCUAUGUCACCAGCAUGGACCAAGGGCGCACCUGGAGCGCUGCCCAGGAUGUCACCGACGGCACCAUCAGGGCCGAGUACAAGAACUGGGCCACGUUUGCAGUGGGGCCGGGUCACGGAUUACAAUUGCUCAACGAGGCCCGGAGCCUGGUGAUUCCUGCCUAUGCCUAUCGUAUCUUGGACCCUAAGCAGCACCCCACCCCUCACGCCUUCUGCUUCAUCAGCUCUGACCACGGCACGACGUGGGAGCUGGGCAACUUCGUGGGCGAGGAGAGCGCGGUGGAGUGCCAGGUAGCGGAGGUGCACACCUGUGGCAGGAAGGUCCUGUACUGCAACGCCAGGAGCACCAGGGGAGCCCGAAUCCAGGCCGUCAGCUACAACCAUGGGCUGGACUUCGAGGGAGGCCAGCGGGUUGAAAUGCUAGUGGAACCUCCCUUUGGAUGCCAUGGAAGUGUUACUGCCUUUCCACCUCCCCGUGAUGCCAGGUGCCAAGAUAGUUGGUUACUUUAUGCUCACCCUACAGACCCAAAGGGUCGAAAAGAUUUAGGAAUUUACCUCAACAAAAGCCCUUUAAAUCCAGCACACUGGACAAAACCUAGCAUCCUCUUCAGGGGCCUGUGUGCUUACUCGGAUCUGCAGUACAUGGGCGUUGGACCUGAUGGCUCACCCUUGUUCUCCUGCCUCUUUGAAUAUGGGACCCGCCGGCAAUGCGAAGAGAUGAUCUUUGUCAUGUUCACCUUGAAGCAAGCCUUUCCCUCAGAGCUCUGAGUCUCAAGCCUUUCCAUCAGCAUCCCUCCAACACCACCUUUGCAGAUACUUUUCACUGUCACUUCUCAUCUUUGAGCAGAAGGUUUUUUGUACUCCUGCUGCACACUUAGUUUGGCGUUGGCUUGCGGCGUCUGUAGAUUAUGAAGUCUAUUAAAUGUACUUAAACUUAA